GUUAAGACUUGUUCGUAUGAGCAAGCCCCACCGAACAUAGAGUGAUUUCCGAGCAAACACGCCAAGGAUUUCACUGUCAGGCUACUGAAUUCAGGUUACUCGUGAGUAAGCGCGCCGGAACUGCUGGGCACGAGCAACCAGCGUGCCCGCCCUGCAGAGCAGGAGGUUGAGCACCAAGCAAGACCCCCGCUGGAAAUGUAAAACAUGAAAUCGAAACCCUUCGGUCGCAUUGCAAAAAGAAAGAAAGAAAGAAAGAAGCCUCCACUCAGGAGCGCUUCCAUAGACUCAGCGGGAGAUGCUCCAAACUGGAAAGCGUCGGAAUAAUAAGCUGUCAGUCAGAGACGCGCCCGAACUACGCAUGCGCGAGGCAGAGCAUCCGCGAAGGAGGCCUGGACGCCCCGUAAUGAAGUUUCCUUCCUUUUCGCCCCCCCACCUCCAGAUCCGAGAAGAGCGCAUGCGCGGCAGUUCAGGCGGCGCCUGCGCGCCGAAGUGUGAGGCCGUUGGCGCCUCCCUCCUUUUACGGUUAUGAGCUGCCGUUGCUGCGGGUUUCCCUCCGCGAGCGAUGACUGACGGGCUCGGGAAGGCGGAGUCGGGCGCCCAGCUGCUUGCACGACUUGAGGGCAGAAGUUCUCUGAAGACGCUGGAACCUUGUCUGUUUGCUGAUGAAGGUUAUCCUAUUCAUGGAGAUAUUGUUGAAUUCCAUGGUCCAGAAGGAACAGGAAAAACAGAAAUGCUCUAUCAUCUUAUUGCCCGCUGCAUUCUUCCAAAAUCUGGUGGUGGCAUGGAUGUUGGUGUGCUUUUUAUUGAUACAGACUUCCAUUUUGACCUGUUGCGUUUAGUGACUAUUCUGGAGCACAGAUUGCCCCAAGGCACAGAAGAGAUGAUAAAGCAGUGUCUGGGGAGGUUUUUCCUUGUUAAUUGCAGCAGCAGCCCUCAGCUGCUUCUUACUCUUUUCUCUUUGGAAAACAUGUUUUGCUCUCACCCUUCCUUGUGCCUCUUGAUUAUUGACAGUAUAUCAGCCUUUUAUUGGAUUGACAGAGUCAAUGGAGGGGAGAACCUUAGCCAGCAGGAAGCAAACCUAAAGAGAUGUGCGCAGUUCCUGGGGAAGCUUGUAAGAGAGCACCACUUAGUUUUGUUUGCAACAACUCAAACAAUCAUGCAGAAAUCACUGAACACAUCUGAAAGUUCAGGAAAACACCACAGUGAAGCAGAUAUGGACUACCGGCCUUACCUCUGUCAGUCGUGGCAACGGCUGAUAACUCAUCGAAUCUUUUUCUCCAAACAGUGCCAUUCAGGCAGCGCAAAAGGAUUUUCAAUUACCACUUGCCAUGUAAGAAAUAACAGUGUUGUAAAACGCCCAUUUAGCAUUACAGAAUGUGGGAUCCAGUUUUGACAGUGGACUGUUUUUUAAAAAGUAGACUACAAUUUGACAUUACAGUCAAGUUAGUCUUUUAAAAGCUUGUGCCAAUUUUUUAUUAAAAAGGGUUUAAUUUUUUAUGCCAAUAUUUUCUAAAAUGUAAAUAAUAAAGGUUCAGGAUUGUCAGACUUUGUGUCAUGCAGUAUUGAAGCCUUUAAAAAGAGACCUGCCAUUCCAAAAAAGAUCAUUUAUCCAUAGUGUGUUAUUAGCUGCUUUUGGUGCUCAUCCUGUAGAAAUGGAAGCUGUUUUGAAGCUGAGCACUGCACGGUUGAGCUUGAUUCUUUGUUAUAUAAGUGCAUUAGCUGACACUCGGCACUGCACACAUUUGAACUUAAUAGGAAGAACAUAAGACAAGCUUGCUGGAUCAGGCCAGUGGGCCAUCUAGUCCAGCAUUCUGUUCUCACAGCAGCCAACCAGAUGCCCAUGGCAAGCUCAACAGAAGCACAACAGCGCUCUGGCCACCUGUGAUUCUCAGCAACUGGCGUUUAGAGGCAUACUGCUGCCAACGGUGGAGGUAAAACAGCUAUCAGCGGAUGCACACUAAGGUCCCACCCCACUCACCUACUGCUUUUAUCCAUAUUUACCCUUUCAGAUGGGAUAGUAUUGGGGUUAAAUUGGGUUGCUUCCUUUUGGCCUGUAACUUGAGUUGCAGUUCUAAGGAGUACUGAAAAACUAUGCAUGCAAUGGUAGAACAAAUAAAGUCACUGUCCUGCAUAAGAUCCAAGUAGAACAUUUGUGUUUGGGAUGCAGCAUGCAACUCAUCAAAAUUCUGGCAGACCAGUUUCAUCUAAUGAGAAAUGACCCGCAGCUCUGGCAAGAAGAAAACCAUAUUGAAUCAGUAAAGCAAAUGCUAAUUGUAUUGGCUUUGGAAAGCUUCAAAUCCUUUGCGAAAUAAACUGUCUUCUGCAUUAUUUACAAAUCCAGUACAUACAACGGUUCCAAAAAGAGGAAGGUUCUCAACAAACAUGGGCAGUAGUUCAGAUGACCUUCCAUUAAUUGAUGGUGGAAAUGAAUAUUUUUGACUGCUCAGUGUGUAUCGUGUACGUUAAUAUACUGCAACCCUUGAUAGGUCGGUUCUGUAAUCUACACAUUAUGGAUGGAGUGGUUGAGGUCCCCUCUUGAUAACUCUGGCUGAACAGGAAGGUGCUGUGGAGUGAUUUUGAACAGGAAUUCAUAGAUUUCCCUAUGAAAUUUCUAUUAUGGACUAAAAAGAAAAGCCAUCCACUAGAUUUUCUUUUAAUAAUGAUUCUUGAUUCCAUACUCAGGGAUAAAGUUAAGGAGCUAUUAAACCCUGGAUUUUCUCAAUUAACUACUUAAAUUAAUGAUCAUAAAGUAUUACUACCUUGGUACUGUUGUAAGAUGAUUUAUGAAGAGACUGUCAGAAGCUUGAAUGAAAGGCACUCUUUCAUUUAUUUUAAGAUUAAAUCUUACUUGACUCAUGAGUUGAAAGUUCGUUAUAUGGAGUGUUCUCCUAGAUCAGACCAAAGACCUAUCCUGUCCAGCACCCUGUUCCUCAGAUGCCUGCAGGAAGUCCACAAACAGGAAGUGGUCAAGGUGCUUAGAUGAGUCCAGCCACCCGUGUGUAUGCUUGACCCUUUUGGCAAAAAUACUGGAAGAUAAAGAAGAUUGAGUUUUCUUCCCUAGAACAUCAAAAUUAAUCCCCAGCUUUGCUAAAUCAAAGACCGCCAUGUUUUUCCUUGUUUCUGCUGUCUGUUUACCCCAGAAACCUGUGUGUUUCAUUUAAGGGCCAGGACAGGUCAGGGCUAUAAGCCAGUCUCCAGUUUCUUAGAGAUGGGGAGCCCCUUGCCUGCUAAAGAGUUCUGGAAAAUUAAAAUGCCUGUCAGAUUUUUACGAAUCUCUGGUCCCUUUAAAUUUCCCUUUUGCUAGUGGUCCAGAGAGCCAUGCUGAAAGACCGUAUCAUCCUGUUUUACUAGUUUGUUUUUUUGGACCAAGCACCUUCCAUCAUUGGUUUUGGCCUUGGGAAAGUAUUUGCAUACAUGGCUCCCGAGCCCUAGCAAAAAAAAAAUGUUAUCUUUUUAUUGUCUACCCUAUAAAUUAUUUUCACUGUG